AUGAACGCGACCGCGCGCGAUCGGUCGGCGGCGGGGGCGGUCCGCCGCCGCGCCUCGCGCGCCGAGUCCCCGCGCCCCGGGACACGUCACCUCCCGAAUGCGCGUCAUAAUUUCGCCAACACGCCAACUGACGCCGUCCCCCCGUCUUCCCCGCUCUCCGCGCUCCAGGUGUGGCGACAACCUCCCUAUAGGCGCGCGAUGACGGAUCCCCUCGAUCCGUCCGCGGCGCACGACCACCACGUCGGCCUGGACCUCCACGACGACCACCACCACGGGAUGGAAAAGUUUGAGCUGCCCAACCUGGACGAGAACAUGGCGCACUUUCCCGACUUCGACGACGACGACUUCGGCGUCCCGGACAUGAAGCACGCAGACGCGCUCCACGCCAACGGCGACCACCACCACGACCUCAACGGCGUCAGGGCGGAGAUGAACGGGGGCGCGAUGGCGCGGAUGAACGGGAGCGCGAUGCCGCCGCCGGCGAACAAAACGGAAGAGCCGAACCGCGUCGCGACUAUCGAUCGUCGGUCCGACGUUAGGUCGCCCGUGGGGCGGAUGGACGGCGACGCCGCGGCGGAGGCUGUCGCGUCCGGGUCACACGCCGGGACGGCCGGUACGAACCUGUACGACGCGCAGUGGUCCGCGGAGGAGCAGGCGGUGCUCGAGCGCGGCAUGGAAACGUACGGAGCGGACGAACACAAGAGCCUGUGGAGGUACAUCAAGAUCGCCGCGACGCUGCCCGCGAAGGGCGUCAGGGACGUGGCGCUUCGGAUGCGGUGGAUGAGCCGACGCGCGGGUAAGAACGGCGACGGCGCGCGCGGAUCGAAACGAAAGGGCGUCGCGAACGGCGGCGGCGGCGACGGAGACGGCGGCGGCAAGGGGGGCGGCGGCGGCGGCAAGGGUAAAAAGAAGGCGUCGACGAAGCCGCCGUCGGUGUUCAGCGUCGGCUUGACGUCGCCGCCCGCGCGGGCGAACGGCGGCGUCGUGAACGGGCACCACGGCGCCGCGAACGGCGUCGCCAACGGCCAUCACCAUCACGCGCAGCACCACUCGCACCUUAACGGCGGGUACGCCCAGCAGACGCCGAUGCGCCAACCCCCGGGAACGGACGGCGGCGGAGGAGGGCGAAUGUCGAUGGGGUACGCGCACAUGGUGGACCACAUGGGGAACGUCGUGCAGACGCCGGGCGGCGGCAUGAUGAUGCAGUCGCCGGUGCCCACCGGCAUGAACACCGCGCGGUACAGCGAGAACAUGGGCCCGCCGCGGUCGAUGACCAACGCGAUCAUCGGCGGCGGCGGCGACGCCGGGAGUCACGGGCGAUCCAACCACGGCGCGAUGAUGAGCGGGUCGAUGAUGAGCGCGGGGGGUUACGGCAUGUCCGGCGGCGGCAACGGCAUGAACGUCGGGUACGUGUCCGCGCCGGUCGUGUACGACGGCGUGUACGGGCAUCAAACCGCCGGCGGCGGGAUGGUACAGCAGCACGGGGGGGUGAUGCAGCAGGGCUCGUGGGGCGGGCCAUCGCAGGACGGCGGCGGAGGCUACGUGGCGUUUAACCCCUCGGGCGGCAUGGGGAUGCAUCCGCCGUCGCAUCACGGGGGCAUGGUCAUGGUCGACCCGACCGGCGCGCGGCUCGUGCACUAUCCCACGAUGCAGAUCAAUCAGCUCGAGGAGCACGGCGGUCCGGGCCGCGUCACCGGCGUCGUUGGCGAUAUACUCGCAGAAAACGUCGGCCUCGUGUCGCAGAUUCGCGGGAACAUGGACGCCAUGAAGCCGCCGCGGGGCAACCUCGAGCUGCUCGCCCGCUUCCGGGAUAACCUCAUGGCGGCGAAGGAGCACCUGGCGCAGGAAGAGGGCGCGAGUCAGAUGCCUCCGCUGCCCGUCGACAUCGACCACCAGCUCGCGAACCAGAUUUUACCGGCGCCCGACACGAACGCCCGCGUCGACGUCAAACAGGCGGCGGCGAAGUCCCCGGCGAAGGGCGCGAAGGGCGCGAAGGGUGGCGGGGCAGGGGGCGGUCGGGGCGGACGGGGCGGACGGGGCGGACGGGGCGGUCGAGGCGGCAGGGGAGCCGCCAUGUACGAGAUGCACGCGGGCCAGUGCCUGGAGCGCGGCCCGACCAAGACGGGCGGCCUCUACAUGCUGGGCCAGGAGGGAUGGUACGACUUCUUCGCCCAAUCCGUCAACCAGGACAACGAGGGAUACUGCGACUCCACGACGGUGGGAUUCAAGCACGUCGCCUGCAGGGACGACGGGCGCGAGACCGCGUACAAGCCCAACGUCGCCAACAUCAACAGGCAACCGGGUUGGAAGCCCACCAAGUCGAACACCCAGAAGUCCUCGCUCAUGGUCAUACCGACCGACAAGUACGACCAGCAGUACCUCGGCGGCCGCAUUCCUAACUACGAGCUCAACGGGUAA